AUGGCAAAUGCAAUUCAAUCUCAGACCAACAUCACUGUUGGACGGGGGUUACUGGAACGAGUGUUAUUCUCCACUGUGACUACAGUGCCGUGCUGUGUGUUUCUUUUCAUUAAUGGGACCAUGUUAUUCACCUUGAGGAGUAAAAAUGUGUUUUGUGAGACCUCACGUUACAUUCUCCUGUUUAACCUCCUUUUUGCAGACACUGUACAGCUGGCACUGAGUCAGUUACUAUACAUACUGGCUGCUUGUAGAAUAAGGCUGGCAUAUCCUUUAUGUGGUGUUCUUACCAUGCUUUCUGAUCUCACAAAUGAAGUCUCUCCUCUCACACUGGUGGUGAUGUCUCUGGAGAGAUAUGUAGCUGUGUGCCACCCACUGAGGCACUCUACCCUCAUCACCAUCAGAAACACAGAAGUGGCUAUCAUUGUGGUUUGGGUUUUCAGUUCACUUAAUAUCCUCACACAAAUUCUUUUACUUUUAGAUUUUCCAUUUGAAAACCUGGAGAGCCUGGAGAUGAAAGAUUUUUGUGCUAGAGAAAAUAUGCUACUUGGCCGGAUGUCUGAUGAUUAUGACAAAGCGUUCACCUAUUUUCUGUUUGUAUCAGCUGGUGUGGCAGUCACUUCAUCCUAUAUUGGUGUGAUGAUAGCAGCCAGGUCAGCCUCCACAGACAAAGCUUCAGCACGAAAGGCUCGUAACACACUGCUGCUGCAUCUGGGGCAGCUGGGCCUCAGUCUCUCCUCAACUAUAUACAACCCCUUACUCAUAGCUAUGUCAAAAGUCCUACAAAAGAUAGUGUUGGUGCGCAUUCAGAUUGUUCUUUAUGUGUGUAUUGUCAUAUUUCCCAGGUGUCUAAGUGCUCUUAUCUAUGGCAUAAGAGACCAGACCAUCAGACCCAUCCUCAUAUGCUAUCUAUGCUGUCGACUGAAACUCAGUCAUGUUAGUCAAGGCUGA